AUUUGCGAUAACGAUAAUGCGUUAAAUAAAAUGCUUACGUUGCCAAAAACCAAGAGGGACCCGAAAAAGGUCGAGGGUCUUUGCACUUGUCGGCCAAUAUGCAAGAGUAGAAGACGAGAAUGGAAGGGUCUGGUCCUGUUGACUUCGGAAGAACUUCUCAUAGAGAGGAAGCCAAUACCAGAGUGCAUUCGACGACGUCCUAGAGAAAUCAAACCCAACGGUCCGUGUCCCCUCCACGGUAAAACCAAACACCUUAGCAUCAGGGAACGGAACGUGGAUCGCAGACCUAAAGUCGUGCGCAUCUGCCAGGCGCCGCUGGACAUUGGAGUGGAUACGCCCUAUCUGGACCUUGUCGCGAAUGCUCUUCAACUUGGUGCCCUACCACUGACCGGUAAAACCUGCUGCGCGUUCUGCGACUGUUCAGGCUGUUGUGACUGCAGCCGCACGACCUACCAGCCGAAAGACGCAGAGCGCGCCGCGCGUCGACGCGCGCACAUGCGCGAGUUCGACCGGCGCGUGCGCGGAAUCCAGGAGUCACGCAUCAUGUCGCUCCUUGAAAAACAUAGUGCCCUACCACUGACCGGUAAAACCUGCUGCGCGUUCUGCGACUGUUCAGGCUGUUGUGACUGCAGCCGCACGACCUACCAGCCGAAAGACGCAGAGCGCGCCGCGCGUCGACGCGCGCACAUGCGCGAGUUCGACCGGCGCGUGCGCGGAAUCCAGGAGUCACGCAUCAUGUAUGACUUAUGA